UGUUUGUAUUCUGUGAUGGAAAUCACAAAAAUACGUUUUAAAUCGUAAUCCAUUAUAUAGAAAAAGUCAACAAAUAUGAAUUUAUAAUGAAUAUGUUAAGUUAAAAUAAUUGUUUAAAAUGUCAAGAUUCUUGCUAAUAAGUAUUGUUCUACAUCCAAUUUUAGGAUCCGUAGUUGGUAAAGUAGAAACCUAUGAUAAUGGUACACAAAAAAUAUUUGUUUAUAAUACAUAUAGUUAUGAUAAAAUAAUUGAUCUCUCUGUCAUCAACACAACAACACAAAUACUUGACUUCUAUGAGGAUGAUGAAUUAUGGACAGGUUAUCCUACAAGGGUACACGUUGGUACAAAUGAUUCAAUCAAAGGAGACAAUCCACUUUUUGUCACUGCUGCUCAACAGAAAAGUAUCUCAUCAUGGGAAUUACCACUGACAGUGACAACAAAUCAUAGAGAGCUACAAUUUGACGACAUAGCAAGAACUCUAUGCCCACACGAUGCUGGGCCAAAUAUAACAUCACAGAGUCGUCCGACAUUGACAUUAGCAACAUCUAGCUCGCAACCAAUCAAUGUCAAAAUAAAAUUACGACGUGUUAAAGAUUUCUAUUUGGAAAUGAAUAAGGAAGUCCCGUUAAAUUUGACUCCAAGUACACCGAAAUACUACUAUUUCUCAUUUGACAGAGAUCCCUGGAACAUGACAAAUAAAUUAUAUAAAGGAUUUUUACCAAAGUUUAACUACACAAUACCAAAGAGUGUGUUACUGACCAUAGAGUCUGAAGAGGAUGUUUGUGCUGUAAUAUCCAUACAAAAUAACUCGUGUCCAGUAUUUGACAACGAAAAGGAUGUAAUGUAUCAAGGAUAUCACUUUACAAUGACGACUCGUGGAGGAAUUACUGUUACCCAAUCAAUGUUCCCGAAAGGUUUUUAUGUAGUUGUCAUAGUAAAAGAGAGCGACGAGGAAUGUACGGGUGUGAGUGAGACAGACGAUGUCACUCUGUUUCGUCCUAACGGCAGGUCCAAAACAUUUAGAUUAAAGGUAGUGGAAGCAGCGUCAACAAGUGAUUUUCUAAUGGGAGCAUUGGCAUCUCUAGCAUUGAUUUUACUGGUGACUGCGCUUGCGCCGCUUGGGAACUUGCUUACCUGCCGACAUGAAGAGCUCAUUUUAAUUGAAGAAUCGGUGGUGCCAUCUACGUCUCGGGAGAGUGCUGAAGCUGAACCCAUGGUCAAAAAUAUUAAUGUUUCGGACACCGAGUCGGAGGAUGAUGUUAUAAUAAAAUCGCUUCCCAUGCCACUUAAUGUCGCUGGUUUGAGUCGUCACAACACGCAUAGUAGGAAGUCUAAUAGAUAUUUCUGGAGUGCUUUAACCGUUGCGGUCGUUUACGCUUUACCAGUUGUACAACUUUUGUUCACAUACCAAAGAAUGGUGUUCCAAACAGGCGAUCAGGAUGUUUGCUACUAUAACUACCUUUGCGCACAUCCAAUAGGCCCCUUAGCAGAUUUCAACCACGUCUAUUCAAAUAUCGGCUACAUCAUUUUGGGAAUAGCAUUUAUGGUGCAAGCGAGAUGCAGACAUGUCAAGUUUGGGGAGAGUCAGGAGUUAGGUAUACCCCAGCACCUGGGACUGUUCUACUCCAUGGGUCUAGCGUUGGCCAUGGAAGGUCUUCUAUCAGCCUGCUACCAUCUGUGUCCUAAUAAGAUGAACUUUCAAUUCGACUCGUCAUUCAUGUACGUAAUAGCUGUGUUGUGUAUAGUGAAACUAUACCAAUCGCGACAUCCCGAUGUCAAUGCGUCUGCGCACGCUACAUUUAUGUUGCUAGCGCUACUUAUGGCUAUCGGAUUCUUCGGGAUAAUGUAUCCCAGCGUGUACUUUUGGGUCAGUUUCACAAUAAUGCAUCUCGCUAUAUGUUUCGUGUUCACAUUCAAGAUAUACUAUGUUGGGCGGUUUAAAAUGGAGCGAGGAAUAUUGCCCCGUGCGUGGUGUAGUAUGCGCCAACAUGGCUGGCUGGCCUUCAAACCUAACUACACAGCGCGCGCAGUUUUGCUUGUAAUUGCUAAUAUGGCAAACAUUGCUCUUGCUUCUUAUGGCCUCUACGAACACAAUAAAGAUUUUGCCCGACACCUUUUGGCCAUAUUAAUGGGAAAUACGAUCUUAUAUAACGUCAGCUACGUAGUCAUGAAGAUAGUGCAUAGGGAGCAAAUACCGGCUGCUGCGUGGUUAUGGCUUGCCCUUGCGCAUAUAGUAUGGGGUGUUGCCGCAUAUCUAUUUCUGAGUUCCAGGACUAAGUGGUCGCAAACGCCAGCUCAGUCCCGCCAACACAACGCCAUGUGUGACGCGAUGCGCGUGUUCGACACACAUGAUCUGUGGCACCUUGCUUCUGCAGCCGCCAUGUUUUUCUUGUUCAACGCGCUUUUAAUACUUGACGAGCCCCUUCAAAACACACCAAGGCAUCUUAUACCAGUGUUUUGAGUCAAUAUUAAGAUCGAUUUAUUUAGAUAUUUACAAGAAAUGUAUCUCUAAAAAUCUCUAACGCUUUUUCGUAUAACGCAAUUUCCGUCCCCCAUAUAAUGCGGAGAUUUCACAAGUUAUAUUUCUGUAGUGUGAAAUUUAAAAUUAUUAGUCAGGUCCAUUAUUAGUUUUGCGUACCUUUGCACCUGUUUCAAUUAUAAAAUUAAACUAAAUAUAUAUAUGUUUUGUGUUCUUAGUUUUUAGCUAAAAAAGACGCGUUGCGGGUCUACCGUGUUAUAGGGGGGAUUUAUGUACAACAGAACAAAUAUAAUACAAAAAAAUAAUGUAAUUAUUGUUAGUCAAAAAGCGUUGAAGUCGUCCUGAUACUAGAAACAAAUAAAAAAUAACGAAUCGUGAAGUAAAAGCACUUUUCAAUGAAUUGACUUAAUGAAUGAACUGAAAUGUAAUCUGUGCUUGACUAACGCCUAAUUUCUAUAUCUAUAUUAUCUUAUUCUCUAUCUGUUUAAGUAGAAAUAGUCCAAAACUCGAAAUAAAGAAUUAAGUUCCCCGUCCUGUCCCUGCAAGACGUUUUGGUACAUAUUUUCUCUCUUGAACUCGUACUCGUUAAUUUAAAACUUAUUACGUCUAUAAUUCGCAGACAAAUAUCGAAAAAAUUCGCCAUUAUUGUAACAAAAUAAUUUUAGAGUAUACGUAGUAAUAACCACUCACUUAAAAUCCUUCAUAAGUCGAAAACUAUAACGUUCUUUGACGAUUCCCUUGAUGUUUGAGUUCGAGGUUCUACUGUAUUCCAUUUAUAACUAUUCGAAUUACAAAAUACCAACGGAUUGUAAUAGUUAUCACUCGUAUCUCAAAUAUAGAAAUCGGACGUUAUUUCAAUAUUUUACAAUAAGUGAGAAAUGCAUUGAUAAUUGAUAAACUAUAACGGUGCUUAUAAGUAUAAGUGAUUCAAAUUUAAUAUAAAUUUCUGUAAAGUAUUCACCAAAAAUUAUAAAAGAUAAUGUCUAACGAUUGCCUAGUAUUGUUACAUUAAUUGAUAAUGAAAUUCACGAAAUAAACAUCGCUGGAUAUGUCUUAAUACUAAUUAUGGCUAUUAUUUGUAUUGUUAAGAUAUUCUAAGCAAUUGUCACGUUAAAUUCGGCAUUAACUGGAAUUAGAAAUGUAUUCUGUGUUACACAAUGUAUUGGAGACAAAACGAUUUGUAUAUCCUGUUUAUAAAAAAAAAUAUGAUUUAAAAUACUAUGAUUAUUUUGUUAUAUUUCGAGAUAUUAUUAUUGUAUAAUUACAAUUAAAUUGUGCUUAGAACAUUAGUUAUUUACGAUUUCUAUUAAUUUUAUUUACAUGUCUGGACAAAUUUUUGCAUCAUUUUAUCGUGUAUAACUUAAGUCAAUUAAGUUUUCUGGACCAAACUACGUAGUUAUAAAUCCUUUAGUAUUGUCAAAGACUUCUCCUUUUUUAGUGAAUCCACACAAUAGAGUCAGAUUAAAAAUAUAGUUUCUACCCUACUAAAAUUCGCAAUUGAAUGUCUCCUUAUUAUAGAUAUACUUAAUUAAACAAAAGUUAUUGUUAUACUUUAGUUACGUUUAUGAAUUUAUCUAUAUUACCUAUUAGAAAAUACCAAAUGCUUAUGAAUUAAA